AUGAAAAACAACACAUCUUAUACCACCGAGUCGAACGACAAUUCUACGUCAUCUUCGGAAAACCGUAUUUCCAGCGCAGAAGGAAUCGUGUUGUGCAGCAUUUUGCUGCUGGAGGCCAUCGGAAUCGUCGCUGGAAACUUGCUGACAAUCUUUCAAUUCGCAUUAAAUAAGAAGCUUCGAAAAAAGAGUUUCUUCCUUGUGAUAAACAUGGCAAUCGCCGAUGUGCUUCUAGGGGCUGUAUCAUUGCCGUUGCUUGUCAUUCUAUUGGUCGGACCCGCUUAUCAGCUAUGGCAAAUCGAGGUCAAUACAUCUUUGUUAAUCUUUUUUAACCUCCUCGAUGCAAUUUUCGCUCUGGCCUCGUUAAUUUCUGCAGUAUUCAUUUCCUGCGAAAGAUUUUUCGCCAUCUACAAGCCACUUAAACACAGAACAUUGUCGAGGAAAGCUUACCGCAUAGUUUUAUUUACGGCCUGGACACUGGCUGUCUGUCUUGCAGUGGUCCUAACACCCCUGUGGUAUUUGGUAUCGAGUAAACAUGCUUUCGCCACUUGGAUGGCAUUUCCUCUGGUUUUUCUAUUCGUCGUUUGUGGCUGUAACAUAGCUAUUUACAGACAGUAUCAACACCGAAAAAUUGCUGCUUUUCAACAGCAAAACAGGGACCAUCAAAACCAGCGUUUGACAAGAACCUUGCUUUUCGUGUCCGCAAUAGCUGUACUAUCAUGGCUUCCAUUAAUAAUCGCAAACUUUUUAAUCUAUGUGCUCAAAGUCUCCAUAACUCGAAACUUACUGUUUCUGCUAACAAUUAAUAUAAUUAAUUACUUAAACUCUUUAGUUAACCCAAUAGUGUAUGCAUGGAGAAUUCCUGAAUUUAGAAAACUAGAGAGUUUGUGCUGCGUAGAAGGUCAAGUUACGACGAGCAGGGAGGGCAAUAAAGGGAUCGCCGAUAACGUUGCUAUCAUUUCUUCACGGUCUCCACAGAUACGGACAUUAGCAACUGAUCAUACGCAGCAAGAAUUUGAGCAGGACGUUAUGGAUACUAAACUAUAA